GUGUUUAUCGCUCAGAGUCGCUCCUCAAACAGACACCGAGACGUGGAGGAUGAAGAGCUGACCAGGAUCUUCGUCAUGAUCCCCAAAACCUUCUCAGAGGAAGACUUGAAAGACACCUUCAAGGAGUACGGAGAUAUUGAGUACUGUGUGAUCAUCAAGAACAAGUUCACCGGGGAGAGUAAAGGCCUCGGAUACGUCAGAUACUACAAACCCUCCCAGGCUGCCUUCGCUAUAGAAAACUGCGACAAAAGUAAAAUGCUGCUCAGAUAUAUUGACUGUAGUUUACACUUUAAAGUUCUCCUAUCGGGCAAAAUGCACUUUUUUAG